AUGAUGCAGAGAGUUGCCAUGCUAUUGUUCUGCUGCCUGUUACUUUCAGCGACAUCUUCCCCAGUCUAUCCACUGAGGUUCGGUCAGAGAGCGGCUGCGAUACUGAUGACCUCCUCUAUUGAGGAUCCAAUGCAGUUGCCAGCAGACACUUCAUCCCAAACACCAGAUGCUGAGUUUAGGUUUGGGAGACAUGCUGACGCCAUCUUUACCAACAGCUACCGAAAAGUUCUUGGUCAAAUAUCUGCCAGAAAAUUCCUUCAAACUGUUAUGGGCAAAAGACUUGGACCAGAAACUCAAAACUAUGUGAAACGCCACUCUGGCAUAUAUGGAGACACCUUCAAUCAAGAUGUGGAUAUGGAUGUAAUUGAAAGAGAACAAAGUUACAGAGAACCACAACGACUUAAGUUCUCAGUAGUUACACAAUGAUUAAAGAUUAAUCAUUAGUCAAUAAACUGUGAACAAUCUUUAUACUUACAUUUGCCACAUUUCACACUGGAUUAUUAAAUCUAAGUUCAGCCUUCGUAAACUUUUCUGUGCACUGUGUAUUUUUACAGCCAAUGUCCAGAAGGUCUGCCACAGAAAUCAGGAGUCCCUACCU